ACGGCGCGGGGUCGAAGGGCACGCGGCGUCGGUGUCAUGGCGGCCUCCAUGCUGGGCUGGGCCUGGGGCCCCCUGCGGCCGGGCGGGCCCGGCGUGUGGGCGCGCGGGCGGCGGCCCCUGGGGCCCGCGGGCUCGGGGCGGAGCGUGGCUGCAGCCAGCGGAGCCGGCGGCGCGGGCGCUGACCGCUACUGUCUCGAGCUGCUCCGGAAACGAGAUUAUGAAGGCUAUUUAUGCUCCCUGCUGCUUCCUACAGAAUCCAGAAGCUCUGCUUUUGCACUGAGAGCCUUCAAUGUGGAACUGGCUCAGAUUAAGGAUUCAGUUUCGGAGAAGACAAUUGGACUGAUGCGAAUGCAGUUUUGGAAGAAAACCGUGGAUGACAUAUACAGUGACAAUCCACCACAUCAGCCUGUGGCCGUUGAACUGUGGAAGGCUGUCAAAAGACAUAAUCUGACUAAAAGAUGGCUUAUGAAAAUCAUUGAUGAAAGAGAAAAAAAUUUGGAUGACAAAGCAUAUCGUAAUAUCCAGGAACUGGAAAAUUAUGCCGAAAACACACAGAGUUCUCUUCUUUAUUUAACACUAGAAAUAUUGGGUGUAAAGGAUCUUCAUGCAGAUCACGCUGCAAGUCACAUUGGAAAGGCGCACGGCAUUGUCACUUGCUUGAGAGCCACGCCCUAUCACACUAGCAGAAGAAGGGUGUUCCUUCCCAUGGACAUUUGUAUGCUGCAUGGUGUUUCACAAGAGGAUUUUCUACGGAAGAACCAAGAUAAAAAUGUAAGAGAUGUGAUAUAUGACAUUGCCAGCCAGGCGCACUUGCACUUGAAGCAUGCUAGGUCCCUCCACAAAAGUGUUCCUGUGAAGGCAUUUCCUGCCUUUCUUCAGACGGUUGCUCUGGAGGAAUAUUUAAAGAAAAUUCAACAAGUAAAUUUUGAUAUAUUUCACCCAUCUUUACAACAGAAGAAUACAUUACUUCCAUUGUCUUUGUAUAUUCAGUCAUGGAGAAGAAGAUACUAAAAAUAAUCUCAUGGCACUGAUAUUAAUUUAUUUUUAUUAGUUUUACAAAAGUAUACUAGUCAGGGUUCUUGUUUAUAAACAGCAGGUACUGACUGUUUACUUAAGGCAAAAAUGAAUUUAUUGGAUGGGUGUGAAUAGCUUAUAGAAUCAAUGAGAAAUUACUGUGGGGCUUGGGGGCCAAAACAUUGAGAUUCUGCCUCAGACACUGCCAUUGUCUCCACCAGCCCAGACAGUGUCUGCUGUCCCUUCCCUGUCAGGUGGAGCCGUGCUGCACCACCAGGGGGCAGAGAGAAGAAUGUCUCCUCCCUCCCUCCCUCACCCUGGGGGGAGGGGGCGGGACUAGGUGGUGCUGGCUUUGCAUUUGGAGAGCCAGAACUCAGUGUCAGUACAGGUGUGAAAUGAAUUUAUUUAGGGGUCCCAGAGAGUGAAGUUAAUACUUGGGGAGUGUCAGUCACUACGUUGAGGGUUUUUAUCCCUAACAUUUCAUCUUUACAACCCUGUGAAAUGACUUCUGUAAGGUAAGACAGUUGGCUGUCAAGAGCUGGAACCCUAUUUCGACUUUAGGUCUGGCUGAUUUGAAAGCUUUUACUUUUUUGGUAACCCUACUGCUUCACUCUCUCUCAUUCUGUGUUAUCGUGAACAAAGUUGUAUUCAUAAAGUGUAUUAAUGUGAUGUAUAUUAGCACAAUUAUAUUGAACAUUCAUUAGGGAAUACUGCAUUUUUAAAAACGGGUAUACUAGUUGAUCUUCCCACUGAUAAGCUCUGGGCUACAUACUUUCAUCAGUGGUCUCAUUUGAUCUUUAAAACUCUAUGAAAUAAAGAAUUUUUUGGUAGUGAAAAAAUUUAAAAUAUAAAAUAUACACUAGUUGCAAAAACAAAAUUGUUUGCAUUGCUGGUAAUGGCAGAUCUAGACUCUGAGUGAGUCCCUGACUCCCAAGGCCAGGAUUAUGCCCCAGUUUCCUUUUCCUGUCUCCAGUGGUCUUGUCUCCUGUUCAUUCACACCUCCCAUGUACUGUUCCAUAUCCCAUCUCUCUUGAGCCUUUAGUUUCAGCUAUGGCUUAGUGCCUACUACAACUGUGGCUUAAAAUAUUAUUGUUUCUUUGGCCCAGCCAGUGUGGCUCAGUGGUUGAGCAUCAGACUGUGAACCAGGAGAUCACAUGCCCAGGUUGUGGGCUCUAACCCCAGUGUGGGGCAUGCAGGAGGCAGCCGAUCAAUGAUUCUCUCUCGUUGAUUUUUCUAUCUCCCUCUCCCUUCUCUGAAAUCAAUAAAAAUAUAUUUUUUAAAAAUACUUCUUUUUUUUGCAAAUAAAACUUAAACUGAGAGCUGCUUGUGGGUAAGAAUACGUUGUUUUGUUCAUCUUGGGAUCCCCAGCACCUAGAAUGGCUUCUGAUUUAGAGCAAGUAGAGGUUAAUAAAUGUAUAAUUGAAUGAGUGUGAAAUGUGAUUAUAUGUGCUAAGUAUACUCUUCGUUGAUCCUGAUGCUGAAAGAAUAUUCUUGGGUUUAAAUGUGUGGCUUUAUAGACCUUUUAGCUUAUCUGCAAAAGGCAAGUACAAGGAAAUGGGACACAUUUCCCCUGGGGAUUCUGAGUGAUCCAGGGUUGAAGAGUUGAUUAGGGAUAGCCUUUGUUAGCAUUGUCUGGGUCUUCCUAGGUUCAGUGUGGCAGCAAUCAGCUGCUAAGCAUCUUGGUUCUUAUCUAAGGUUCUUACAAAGAAGGGUUUAAACUCUGUUGGAUUGCUGGAUUUUUUCACUGGCUCAGAAGUCUGUUUACUACUAAGUAAAUAAUUUCAAAAUACUUUCUAAGCCAUUUUAAAUUUGAUGCGUAGAGAUUUUUUUUUUUUUUUUCUUUUUGGACCCCACCCGCCGGCCCGCGCACCUUGUUCUUGACCUCGGCCGAGAGCCCGUAGGACGGGCCCUUGUUGAAGUGGGUCAUGGCGGGCGCUGCUCGGGUCUGGCUCUCGGCUCCGGGCCCGGGAGUGGCCGCCGCGCACACGCUCCGAGCUCGCUCCCUGGGCGGCGCGAUCCGACUCGAUGCGUAGAGAUUUGAAUGAACUGAAGUUUCCAGUCUCCUAGAGAUUAAGAUGGGAUCUUAUUCAGAGACACUUACUCUUCUAUUCAUUUCCUGGCAUAAAAGAUACUUAGAUGGUGCCAACAUUCUUUUCCAUUUUUCACAUCUCUGGGUUUUUUUAUUAGAGCAUUUUAAAGGAGUCAGAUACAUUUUCAAACCAUUUAAGAUGUAUUUUGAUACUGAUUCUGUGGAGUGUAAUAAAUUACAAAUGUUAAGUACAAAUUACAGGUUAAUCUCAAUGUAGGUCAAGUUGCAUAUUAUUAUAAAAUAUAUUUUGGGUAGUUCCCAAUCAACUGACAGCAUUCUUUACCUCCUUUUAGUUAAAUCUCUCCUUUUGAUGAAAUUAAAUUACUCUUGAGAACUUCAACAGCAGCUAACACCAAGCAUGAGUUGGACAGGUAGUGUGCUCUGCACUCUUAUGCAUUAAUCUUCACAGAGAAGUAGGUCUUUAUUUUUGAAAUGAUAAAACUGCCUCAAGAGAUGUUAAGUUCAAGGUCACACAGCCAUUAGUACUAGAGCUGGAUGUCAAACCUACAUGACUUUAAUUAAUGCCAAAGCCCAACCCGUGUAUCUUUACCAUUCUUGAGAUGGUAAAAUAAAUUGCCAAGUUGAAGAGUUCAAGGGACAACUUUUUUCAGAAAAAUUUACUACAUAAAUUUUAGGUACAAAUUAGGUUUAAAAGGGUAUGGUUGCUACAUAAAUUCCAACUACAAAUUAGGUGGGAGGGAACUAGGCAAAGGAAAUAGAUAUGAAGUGCUGGUCACUGGGUGGUGUAUGCAUGGAGGGCACAGCACCACUUUGGAGGAAAAAGGUUUCCCAAAGGAGAUGGCAUGUGGGAAGUGUCAAGAAAGUUGGGUAGGAGCCAGGGUUUGGGGACUGGGUGUAGAUGGGAAGGCCUGGCUGAGGGAGCAGUACCAGCAAAGGCAGAAUGGAUAGCCUGUGUCAAGACUUAAUUUUUGGCUCUAAAGUGAAAACAAUGUAAUAAUGUUCAGAGUUCUUAGUAAAUAAGUUUGUGAAUAUAAAGUAGCCACAUCUCCUGGUCUAGUGAAACAUUUGGAAUUAAGAUAAAAGACUUGGGAGUUGAUAUUUUGCCUGUGUCAGCAAAUCUCUAGGUGCCCUUAGAUUUGUUUAGCUCAUAAGUAGGACAUCUCUGCAGAUGCUUGACCUAAUCGAUUAUCUUGUCCAGAAAGGUCUACAGAGUUGUAAACAUGCAGACAGGUAUUGAAAACAAAGCAUCCUACUGUUUGUGCCUAUAAGGAGGACCAGACACAAAAACACAUGCACCCAGAACUGGGAGGGAUAUUGGAAGUGAGUUGGAAGAAUGGGAGAGGAGUUGGGUGAGUGACUGAGAAUAUGUUAAGUAACUUGGACACCACUCUACCUUUUUCUUGUAAUGAACAUAUACUUCUUGGGCAACUGGAAAGUUAUUUCUUAAAAAUUAGGAACCUUCAAUGGACAUGAAUUUUCUUAUCAUAUCUGUAUGUACCAGAUAAAAGAAUUUGUUCAAAAACAAAAGGAAUGGCAUUUGGCACAAUAAAUUAUUAAACAUGUAACUUUUUCUGUAGUAAAGUGUAGCCAUGCUUUUGGGGCCAGGCCCCUCUCCAGCUAGGCAGCUCUGCUCCACUGCAGGCCCAUCACUUUGCACUGUGCUGGUCUACUCUGCUCCGCUCUGGGAAGACAGCUCAGGUGUGUGUUAGCACAGCUAGGAAAAUGCAGUCUUCUGCCUUCGCUGGAAAGGAAAAGUGUGCUCCCAUAGCCAGAGUGGAGGGAGCCUAUAUGGACAGAAGGUCCUGCCUCUGGUCCCUGAUUGGCCAGUUCUCAUGCAAAUGAGGACUCCAAAUACAUGCAGUUGAUUGGUUGAAAGGGUAAUUUCUGAUUGGUCAGAGUGGAGCUGCUCUGUUUGGUGAAGAUGUUGAAGGACCCUAUAGCUGGGCAGCUCCCAUUGGGUGGGGAAAGCCUCAGUCUUAUUAGUUGAAAUAGGAUUCCAGGAACUGUUUUAUAAGGGCUGGCUCAGAUGACAGAAACACCGUGCAGGCAGGGAGUUCAUAGGCUUCUCUGAAGUGCAAGGUGGGUGACCGGACUCUGUGUAGAAAUACAUGCUAGGCUCUGUUUUUAAAAAUUUGAGCCCAGUUAGCCACCAGGGUCCGCACAAGGAAUGGUAGGUUUCAGUCAGAUCCACCCUCCAACAUGGAGACCUCAAAGUCUUUAGUAUAAUUGAGGCCUUUCUUCAUAUGUCAGUGCCACCACGUUGCCAACGCCAUGGGGGCACCACCCCAAUCCAGAGAGAUUUGGUUUCCUUGAAUGCCGGCUUCCCUCUCAGGGUAUGUUCUAUGGACCACCCCCAGCCACCACUCUCCUGAGUUGCUAGCCAACAAAAAUGGCUGUGCUCAACGUGUCAGCCUCCACAUUCCACUCCCUCGAUGCCCCUGACUGGCCAACAUUUCUAUGGUUCGUGCAAGAGGUUAGCUGUGCUGAGUUCCUGCUACCUUCCCUAUUCUAAACAGAGAGGAGAGCUCCUCUAGCAAUGGUCUCUGGAGAUCUGCCUCUUGAGUGUUCCACCUUUCCCAUCUUUUCACUCCAGGUUACAGGGCCCAAGCCUUCACACUGGGGCUUGCAGGAGGCACGCACCCACCUUUGGAGUUGAGUUCUACUCAUGCCUAACCACCCCACUUCUGUCUCAUCUCCAAAGUGUGUGUGUGUGUGUAUGUGUGUGUGUGUGUAUAUAAAAGCUGACUGUCCGACCAGUAGCUAUGACACACAAUGACCACCAGGGGGCAGACCCUCAACGCAAGAGCUGCCAAGCAAAAGCAACUUUGCAGAGUGCCCUCUCGCACUCUGGGACCCCUCGGGGGAUGUCGGACUGCGGGUUUUGGCCUGAUCCCCACAGGCCAGGCCAAGGGACCCCACUCAGCAGAUGCCCUUUGAGUACCGGUGUCUCCCAGGUGCGGCCGGCCAGGGAGGGCCUGCAGGAGGUUGACUCCAGGGUGUGUCCAGCCCAUCUCUCCCAGUCCUGCCCCGCCGGCCACCUUCUAAUUAAUUUACUUUCAAUGUGUAUGAAUCUGUGCACCAGGCCUCUAGUUUCCUCUAAUAAAGCAUCUGCAAGUGAUCACCGAUGCUAUCUUUGGUCUCCUUUCACAGCUCCAGGCUUUAGGAGAAUAUCGCAAAUGUGGUUUCCCAAGCCCCUUCCCUUCAGCUGCAGAGUGUUGAGGCUCUUCUGUGAUGGUCUGGGCAGUGGAUGAUGAUCCCUAAAUCAUACAUGAGGCUUUGGAGUGACUUGAACAUGGAUAGAUCUACGUGCUCUAGAAACUGAUUUUAACGGACCAGACACUGAAGGUUUAAUUCUGGGGCCGUCCGGACCCUUCUUGCCUCUAACCAGUUCCUGCCUUUCCUCCCGCUGUGUAAGGAGUAAAUAAGCAAUCACAAAACAUUCCCGGGGUGAGGAUAUCCGUAAGAAUUAGGUUUGAAAAUGAUUUUCCCUUCAGGAUGCGGUCUGCAUACAAAAAAAUUAAAUAGAACAAGAGCAAAUAGAAGGACAAAGCAAGUGAUUAAACUUGAAAGCAAGUUUUGCUCCACAAAACCUGUGAUGAAGCUGUGGUUGGAUAUUUUCCCCUGACAGACAAGGAAAAAAUUAUUGAUAGUGAAAAAGAAUGAUCUGAUUUGCUGACAUGUUUGGUCUAGGACUACUCCAUAUAAAGUUGCCUCUGACUUCCUGAGUACAUUAUGCCUUUGAGUCCACUGUUACUGAUUUUCUAUAGGUUUCAGUUUCACUUGCUAUGUUUUUGGGGGGUUUUUGGUAUAUGUUAAACCAACUUAUGUGUUAGAACUAGCUAGUUUUUGAUUGGAUAUCUUUAAAAGUUAUAUUAAUUCAGAGGGUGUUGGGAAAUAACUGACUAAAUAAUACAGCUUUCAGUAUAACUUAUGCCCCAAAACCUUUGCAUUAAAAGAUUCUGACUAAAAAUA